AGUGAAACUCCCGGCACUUGCGGGAGCGCGGGGAGCGGAGACGGGCUGCGCGCCCUCGGGCCGGACGCGCCCCGGCGCCCAUGGCGCUGAGCAAGGGGCUGCGGCUGCUCCGGCGGCUGGACCCCGCGGGGGAGAGCAGCGUCCUGCUGGAGGCGCGAGGCCGCGGGGACUGCCUGCUCUUCGAGGCCGGCACCGUGGCCACGCUCGCUCCGGAAGAGAAGGAGGUCAUUAAAGGCCAGUAUGGAAAGAUCACCGACGCUUACGGCUGCCUGGGGGAGCUCAGGUUAAAAUCUGGUGGUGCUUCCCUGAGCUUCCUGGUUUUGGUGACAGGCUGCACGUCCGUGGGCAGAAUUCCAGAGGCUGAAAUCUACAAAAUCACUGCCACCGACUUUUACCCUCUCCAGGAGGAGGCCAAGGAGGAGGACCGCCUCACAGCCUUGAGGAAAAUCCUCAACUCGGGGUUCUUCUACUUCUCCUGGCCCAAUGAUGGGUCUAGCUUUGACCUCACCGUCCGGGCACAGAAGCAGGACCAUGACAGCUACGAGUGGGGGAGCUCCUUCUUUUGGAACCAGCUGCUGCACGUGCCCCUGAGGCAGCACCAGGUGAGCUGCUGUGACUGGCUGCUGAAGGUCAUCUGCGGGGUGGUGUCCAUCCGUACCGUCUACGCCUCACACAAGCAGGCCAAGGCCUGCCUCAUUUCCCGCAUCAGCUGCGAGCGCGCCGGCGCUCGCUUCCACACCCGCGGCGUGAACGACGACGGCCACGUAUCCAACUUCGUGGAGACAGAGCAGACGAUUUACAUGGAUGAUGGAGUGUCGUCUUUUGUCCAGAUCAGGGGCUCCGUUCCGCUGUUUUGGGAGCAGCCAGGGCUUCAGGUUGGCUCUCAUCAUCUGAGACUCAAUAGAGGCCUAGAAGCCAAUGCCCCUGCUUUCGACAGGCAUAUGGUGCUUCUGAAGGAGCAGUAUGGGAAGCAAGUGGUCGUGAACCUGCUGGGGAGCAGAGGCGGAGAGGAGGUGCUCAACAGAGCCUUCAAGAAGUUGCUCUGGGCUUCUUGCCACGCCGGCGACACGCCUAUGAUAAACUUUGACUUCCAUCAACUUGCCAAAGGCGGGAAGCUAGAGAAGUUGGAGAACUUGUUGAGGCCCCAGUUGAAGCUCCACUGGGAUGACUUUGGUGUGUUUACCAAGGGCGAGAAUGUAAGUCCACGUUUUCAGAAAGGCACGCUGCGGAUGAACUGUCUCGAUUGCCUGGACCGAACCAACACCGUGCAGAGCUUUAUUGCACUCGAGGUUCUCCACCUGCAGCUCGAGAGCCUGGGGCUGAACUCCAAGCCCAUUGCUGACCGCUUCGUGGAGUCCUUCAAAGCCAUGUGGUCUCUGAAUGGGCACAGCCUGAGCAAGAUGUUCACGGGCAGCCGGGCCCUGGAAGGGAAGGCUAAGGUGGGGAAGCUGAAGGACGGGGCCCGGUCCGUGUCUCGCACUAUCCAGUCCAACUUCUUUGACGGGGUGAAGCAGGAGGCCAUCAAGCUGCUGCUCGUGGGGGAUGUCUAUACCGAGGAGUCUGCAGACAGAGGAAGGGUACUCCUGGACAACACGGCCCUGCUGGUGACCCCCAGGAUCCUGAGAGCCAUGGCAGAGCGCCAGUCGGAAUUCACACAUUUCAGACGGAUCCGAAUUGCCAUGGGGACCUGGAACGUGAACGGAGGAAAGCAGUUCAGGAGCAACCUCCUCGGGACGGCAGAGCUGGCCGACUGGCUGCUGGACUCCCCCAAGCUCUCGGGCCUGGCAGGGUCCCCGGAUGAUGACAGCCCAGCUGACAUAUUUGCCGUGGGGUUUGAAGAGAUGGUGGAACUGAGCGCAGGGAAUAUCGUCAAUGCCAGUACCACCAACAGGAAGAUGUGGGGUGAGCAGCUGCAGAAAGCCAUCUCACGCUCUCAUAGGUACAUUCUCUUGACUUCGGCACAGCUGGUGGGCGUCUGUCUGUAUAUCUUUGUACGUCCAUACCAUGUCCCAUUCAUCAGAGACGUGGCGAUUGACACGGUGAAGACGGGCAUGGGAGGAAAGGCGGGGAACAAGGGUGCCGUGGGCAUCCGUUUCCAGUUCCACAGCACCAGCCUCUGCUUCGUGUGCAGCCACCUGACGGCCGGGCAGGCCCAGGUGAAGGAGAGGAACGACGACUACAGGGAGAUCACCCAGAAGCUCAGUUUCCCGAUGGGAAGAAACAUCUUCUCUCACGAUUACGUGUUUUGGUGCGGCGAUUUCAACUACCGCAUCGAUCUCACUUACGAAGAAGUCUUCUAUUUUGUCAAACGCCAAGACUGGAAGAAACUUCUGGAAUUUGAUCAGCUCCAGCUGCAGAAAUCAAGCGGAAAAAUUUUUAAAGACUUUCAUGAAGGCACCAUUAAUUUUGGACCUACUUACAAGUAUGACGUUGGCUCGGCCGCCUACGACACAAGUGACAAAUGCCGCACCCCUGCCUGGACAGACAGGGUCCUGUGGUGGAGGAAGAGGCACCCUUUUGACAGAACAGCCGGAGAUCUCAACCUGCUAGACAGCGACAUAGACGCGGACAGCACGGUCAGACAUUCCUGGUCUCCUGGAGCCCUCAAGUAUUACGGCCGAGCGGAACUGCAAGCAUCCGAUCACAGACCCGUCCUGGCGAUCGUGGAGGUGGAAGUGCAAGAAGUCGAUGUGGGUGCUCGGGAGAGGGUGUUCCAGGAAGUGUCCUCUUUCCAGGGCCCCCUGGAUGCUACCGUCAUAGUCAACCUUCAGUCACCAACCGUAGAAGAGAAAAACGAGUUUCCUGAGGAUGUGCGCACAGAACUCAUGCAGACAUUGGGCAAUUAUGGGACCAUUGUUCUUGUCCGGGUCAACCAAGGGCAGAUGCUGGUGACUUUUGCAGACAGUCACUCAGCUCUCAGCGUCCUGGACGUGGACGGUAUGAAGGUGAAGGGCAGAGCAGUGAAGAUCAGACCAAAGACGAAGGACUGGCUGAAGGGUUGGCAGGAGGAGAUCAUCCGAAAGCGGGAUAGUAUGGCCUCCGUGUCUCCAACCGCCAAUUCCUGUUUGCUGGAGGAGAACUUUGACUUCACAAGCUUGGACUAUGAGUCAGAGGGGGACAUUCUCGAAGAUGACGAAGACUACUUGGUGGAUGAGCUAAGUCAGCCUGUGGUCUCAGAUGGUGAGACGGCAGGGGACUACCUUUCCGAAGCCCCCAGCUGCACAGCAGCGGUGCCUGCCGACACGUCACCUGCACUCACUAAAAAGACGCGGCACCCGACCUACAAAGAUGAUGCUGACCUGGCGGAGCUCACUCCGGAGCUGGAAGCAGUCGGGGAUUUCCGCCACCGUUCUCCAAGCAGGUCUCUGUCGGUUCCCACCAGGCCUCGGCCACCUCACCCACCACAGAGACCCCCCCCUCCAACUGGUUUGAUGGUGAAAAAGUCGGCUUCGGACGUGUCCAUAUCCUCUGGCACCCACGGGCAGUACUCGAUUUUGCAGACGGCAAAACUUCUGCCAGGAGCGCCCCAGCACGCACCCAAAGCCAGGACGGGGAUAAGUAAACCCUACAAUGUCAAGCAGAUCAAAACUACCAAUGCCCAGGAGGCAGAAGCAGCCAUCCGAUGUCUCCUGGAAGCGAGAGGGGGCAUCCCAGGAGAAGCCGUAAAUGCCACAGCCCUGAGGAACCAAGGGACUUCCAAACCAGAGCCCCCAGUAGCGGUGGCCCCGCUCCUGCCCCGUCGGCCUGCACCCAGGGUUCCUGCCAUCAAGAAGCCAACCUUGAGGAGGACCGGAAAGCUUGAGUCACCGGAAGAACAGUGUGGGCAACAGUCUGUCCAUUUCACAAUCGGGCCCCCAGAGACCAGCCUUGAAACCCCUCCUCUAGCAGCCGUCCCUCCUGUUCCCAAACCGAGAACACUUCAGCCCAGGAAGGGGACUGACAGGAAGGCAAGUGGGGGGAAGCCGGUGCCCAACGACGCCCCUCCUGCGGCCGGAGCCACCCCGCCACCCCCUCUGGAGGUGCUGCCCCCCGCGCCGCAGGCGCCCCCGAGGAGGAAGAAGUCCGCCCCCGCAGCCUUCCACCUGCAGGUGCUACAGAGCAACAGCCAGCUUCUCCAGAGCCUCAACUGUAGCAGCAGCGACUGUCCCCCCGCGCCCCGGCCUGACCGGGGCGUGCUCUUUCCACAACCGGCUCGUCCUGGCCCCUUGUCUGCUGCUGGUGCCCAAGCAGAUGGUACCAAGGAGACACGGCCAGAGGCGGCCUCCCUUCUUGGUGAUUACCAGGAUCCUUUCUGGAACCUUCUCCAUGACACUCACCUGUUGAAGAAUGCCUGGCUUUCCAAGAACUCGGACCCACUGGACCCCGGGACUGGGAGCCUUGGAAGAGCACACACAGCCUCGCUGCAAAUCAGCGCCUCAGCGGCCGACGACCUGCCACCGGAGCACGGGCCGAACGACUUGGGUCACUGGAUGACAAUCAGUGACAAGGACAAGAGGACCGUGCUGCAGGUGUUUGACCCGCUGGCAGAAACAUGAGCAGGAGGCAUGGACCACAGCUCUUUCCGAGAACGUGUGCCUUCUUCCCUCUGGCAUCUCUUUCCAGGGCACAGCCCCACACCUUGGCCUCACCCUCCCGGGUCAAAAGAGACCUCUAUUUAAAGGCACACUGACAACACAGUUGUCCUUCUGUCACUCUCGUGUCUCUUAUUCAAUAAGAUAAUUAUUCAGCCACCAAGAUACGUUUUAUUCCAGACGUGUGCAUUUUAGUUUCCUAGAAUCUGGUUAGAGUCAGCGUGUAGACUUGAGGAAAGAGAAUCUAGCUGAUAAUGUCCGAGAGUCUCUCUCUCAUUGGAUUUUAAAUGGUUUUUCAAUUUAUGUGUGUAUGUGGGUUUUUUAAAUUUUUGUUUGUAUCUUACAGAUAUUGGGAAUAACUUUACAGUGAACCACCUGAAGGUUGAUCCAUAAAACUAAAAGGUGUCUGGGACCAUUAAGAGCUAUAUACCUGGCCUGCUGAUACGAGGUUACAAAAAAUAGUAAAAGUUGGAAGCCCCCAAUAGAUCAACCAGAUGAGUAUACAUUCCUGUGAGCCCUUGUGUUUACUUAUAUACGUGUAGACUGACCCUGAUCACGUGAGAAAUGGUGUCCCACACGGUUUUGGGUCUGAAGUAUAUCCCAUUUGCUGAACCUGAGCUGAAGCCGGCUGCAGACUCCUUCCCGCAUCAUGUCUUGGAUAGUGCCUGCCCCAUAAAGCGCUACAGUCUUGAGCCCACGUGUACUAAACUGGUUUUUAUACACUGACUCUUCCCUAUGAGAGAAAACCUUGCGGCCUCUUUCUCCUCUUACAUUCCAUACC